GUUGGGUGGAGGGGUGGGGGGACUUUCUGCUUUGUGUGGAGAAAGAUCUCUUCUCUUAUCUGGGAUGUGGGGAUCUCUCUAUUUUCUCACCAGACACUGGCCCAGCAGAUCUGAAUUUCCAUUUUAAAUUUUGUCUGGGGAUGAUCAUGAUUUGAGUUUCCUUGAAUGGGAUUUUGAUUGUGUUCUCUAGGUGGUUUGUGUUUUUGUUUCAUUUGGAUCAUGGGUUGUUCUGCGUUUUGGGUGCUUCUUCUUUUUUGGAACUGGGAAUUCGCAGGGAUGCAGAUGGAUUCUGGUUUGUUGUCUUGUUGUGGGGAGUUCGGUCAGCUUGCAGGCCAGUUUCGAUGAAGCGGUGGUGGAGGAUUGAAUUAUGAGGAAUGGGAACUGAAGUACAGUCUAAGAUGCAUCUUCCUGGAUAUUAUUCCUUGAGGGAUCUUAGUGGUGAUACUGGCAAGGUGAGUUGGCCGUUACAUCAUGAAAAAAAAAACUUUGAGCCAUUCAAUAACUUGUUCUUGACAAGGCCAGCCAUAGAUAUUGGAUGCGAUAUGGAACAAUUGAGGGAAACUAUACUGAAGCAUGAAUCUAUAUUCAGGCAUCAGCUCCAUGAACUUCAUCGUCUUUACAGAAUACAAAGAGAGAUGAUGAAUGAAAUGAAAAGUGAAGAACUAAACAAACAUUUGCUUAAUGUGGGUACAUCACAAUCUAGUCCUUUUUCAUCUGGCUUACUGUUUCAAGAUGAACAAAAGAGUCAUGUCUUGGAGUCACGGAUGUUGGACUUGAAUUGCAGUGGACCAUAUACAUCUGGGGCUGACAGUAUCCAGUCCCAAUUUAGUUCUUUGAAAGAGAAAUUUUUGCAAUCUGGUUGUGGUUCUUCACAAAAUGGAUUGAAAUUGAAAAAUGGUGAAUCCCUUGAAUCCCAAUACAAGAAGGUUCAGAGAAGAUUGUUUGACCUUGAAUGUCCUGCUGAUGAAUGUAUAAGCCACAAAGAGGGAAAUCUUGGUGUUUCUGCAAUGUCAGGAGUGGAAAAUUAUGUUUCUAAAAGGACUUUUGAUGUUCCUAAUCAAAGGGAGGGAAAGUUGUCCUUUCAUAAUGGUAGCAGCUAUAAUUGUAAUGGUGAUGCUAGCAAUUCCAAUUUGUGUUUACAGGGAACCCAUGGUUUUGCCAACUUGAAUGGACCUCCCCAAGCUGAGGAGGCACAGAGGCAGCAUGUAUCUACAAUGUCACAAUUAGGCUUCCAAUGUUUGGUAACAGAAUUCUCCCAGAACUCCCAUAAGGGAAGAGAGGAAGGUAUUGGUCUUCAGCAUCUGCAGACUGAGAUUGAAAGGAGGCAGAAAGGAUGGUUAUCUUAUAGUGCUGAAAAUGGUCACCCUAGGAGCACUAGUUCUUUCUGUGGAAGUUUUCAUCCUGAAGAGUUGCAUAAACAACCCAAAUCAGUGCAAGUUGAAACCUCAAAGGUCCACCCUUUAAAGACAGAAACAUCGGCAAAGAGGAAAAUUUUUGGUGUGGAAAUUUCUGAAAGGAGUAAUGAUACAUCUGUUGCAGCUUCAGUCGUACUUAAUGGUACAUCAGCUUCUGCCUCACAUUCCCUUGAUCAGCUAGCAAAUGGUCUGGAGUCAGAUGCAACAAAUUCCAAGAUAUUCUCUGUUUCAACUUGGAAAAAGUUUCCCAGUAGCUGGAGCCAGAAUCUUUCGGGAAACCCUGGCUAUAGUACCUUGGAUCAAAUCAAUAGUAGGUCUAUAACAUCGAUGCAGGAUCAUAGAGUAGCUGAGGGAAAACUGCUUGCUCAAAGUGAUUCAAGAUCUGCCCCCAGUUUAAGGACGGACAGAUUGUACAACAAUGGCCUUUACUUUGGCGCUCCAUCUGAGUCCAAGGAAUCACGAGUUUGCUGCCCAUCAGUUGGCUUCAGCAACCAAAAUGGCACCACAGCGUUGGAAGAAAAGGUUCAACAUGCUUCUAGAAAUAAUUUUAAGGGUUUAGGCUCCACAGUGGAGGCAAAGUCGGGGGUAGAUCUUAAUAUGGAUGCAUUGCCUGUGAAUGGUUAUCAGUAUGAAUCAAUUUCUCACUUAAAUAUAAAUGGGGUAGAAAAGCAGGAGAAUCACCAUGCAGGGUUAUCUUGGUUAAGAGCCUCUCCGCUAUCUAAUGGCAAAGCUACUAAAGAAACAGAAGUUUACUGUCAGAGUGAGAUGAAGAAGGGACACCACCAAAGUUCUAUCCAAGAUUCAUCGUCAGCAACUAGUAUAAGUGACACUGAUCUCCAGAGGAGGGAAGCUAAUUACCAUUCAAGCAAUAAGAAGAUUCUUGGAUUUCCCAUUUUUGAAAAUAAAUCUAAGGAUAUGCCGUCUUUGAGUUCUCCGCUGAAGUUGACCAUUUCAGCUUCAGCCAACGUUUCUGAUCCUCUGCCACCGGAAUCUGGAGGAUGUCCAAUGAAGGGUCUAGUUGCAGGGAGAGGAGUAACUAAUCAGAAUGCUGAUAUGAGACCACAAAUUGAUUUGAAUUUGUGUAUUGCUGAAGAAGGGAUUGAAGAAGAUGCUCAACCUCCAUCCUCAUCUCCAAAAACCAAUAUGAGGGUCGCAGCUGUGAUAGAUUUGGAGGUACCAGCUACCAUUGAAACAGAAACAGAAACUACUUCUGGUUAUGAGUCUCCUGAAAGUAAACUCAAGAAACCCUUUAACUCAUCACAAGAUGAAUCUGAUGAGUCUCAAAGACUUGCCGUUGCUUCUGCAGCAGCUGAAGCACUAGUGGGCUUAUCUUCAUCCAGAAUUUAUAAUCAGGUGGACAAUGCCCCUUGUCAACAACUGAAUACUCCAGCAGGUGAUUCCCUUCAUUGGUUUGCUGAGAUAAUUUCUUCUUAUGCUGGUGACAGUGAGAAUGAUGUUGGAUCAGCUUCUAUGGGUAAGGAUGGGACCUAUUGUGAAGAGUACAUUCCUUAUGGACUUGAUUAUUUUGAGUUCAUGACAUUAAAUUUAACAGAAACCAAAGUAGAAGAAUGCCAUAAUAUGUCUCAGGUUCUGGAAAACCAAAAAAGUGAAAAAUCAUUUGCAAGACGACCUCGUAGAGGACAGGCAAAGAGAGGGAGGCAGCGCAAGGACUUUCAAAGAGACGUACUUCCCAAUCUUACUUCUCUCUCAAAAAAUGAGGUGACUCACGAUCUUCAGAAAAUAGAAGGUCUCAUUCAAGCUAGUGGUGGGAACUGGCAGUCAAGUUUGACACAGAAGAACAAUGCUAAGAGCAUUUCAGGAAGGGGAAGGAAGCGGUCAGCGGCAUCUGCUCCUCCCAGCUCCAAUGCACCAUGCUUAAACAUUGUUAAGCAAGCAGAAGCAGUAAUUCCAGAGGGAAGCAUAACAGGAUGGGGAAAGAGGACCAGGCGUCCCCCACGGCAGAGAUGCCCCAUUGCCAUUAAUAAUCCUCCUCUACCUGUAAAAUAAGGCCUCGUUUGCCAUAUCAGAUUCCAACUGGAAGAGUUUCUCCCGCCUCCUUCUAAUUUCUAGACUUUAGUCAGAUUUUCCAAUCCGGAGGAGACCCAUGUUGUAAUUUUUUUUCCUUUUUCGUAAUCAUAAUUAGUUUCUUCUUGUUCUUCGGAAUCCUGAUUCCUAAGUGACUUGCAUAGUUUCUCAUAAUAAGCUGUUUUCUUCCUUUAUUUAGUUGAAGAAGAACUGGAAAUUCAGUGGGAUGUAACAUAGUCCAAAGGAGUGGUUUGAGAAUUUGCAAAAACCUUGACUUUAUUAUUAUUAUUUUU